AUGGGCGACUGGAGCUUCCUGGGGAACAUCCUGGAGGAGGUGAGCGAGCACUCCACGGUGGUGGGCCGCGUGUGGCUCACGGUGCUCUUCAUCUUCCGCAUCCUCAUCCUGGGCACGGCGGCCGAGCUGGUGUGGGGCGACGAGCAGGCCGACUUCGUGUGCAACACGCAGCAGCCGGGCUGCGAGAACGUGUGCUACGACGCGGCCUUCCCCAUCUCGCACGUGCGCCUGUGGGUGCUGCAGAUCAUCUUCGUGUCCGCGCCGUCGCUCGUGUACGUGGGCCACGCGGUGCACCGGGCGCGCGCGGAGGAGAAGCGCGCGGCGCGGGGGGCGCAGGGGGCGCAGGGGGCGCGGGAGGCGGGCGCGGAGCAGGGCGCCGGGCAGGGCGGCGGCGGCCAGCAUGGGGCGCGGCGGCUGCGGCUGGAGGGCGCCCUGCUGCGCACCUACGUGGGCCACAUCGUGUGCAAGAGCCUGUUCGAGGCGGGCUUCGUGGCCGGCCACUACCUGCUGUACGGCUUCCGCAUCCCGCCGCUCUACCGCUGCAGCCGCUGGCCCUGCCCCAACGUGGUGGACUGCUUCGUGUCGCGGCCCACGGAGAAGACCGUCUUCGUCGUGUUCAUGCUGUGCGUGGCCGCCGUGUCUCUGGUGCUCAACGUGCUGGAGGUGAGCCACCUGGGCCUGAAGCGGGUGCGCGGCGCCCUGGCCCUGCGCCGGCCCCCGGGGGCUCGGCCCGAGCCGCCGCCGCUGCGCUCCGUCGCCGUGGCCUCCGCCGUGCAGGCGGCCCAGGGCUACCGGCUCCUGGAGGAGGAGAAGAUCGUGUCGCACUAUUUCCCUCUGGCCGAGGUGGGCCUGGGGGAGCCCGGCCCGCGGGCCGCCCAGCCCUUCCGCCCGAUGGAGGAGCGGCGGGGCGCGGGGCCCCCCGGGGCGCUGCCCGGGGCGAUCCGGGAGGCACUGCCCUCCUACGCGCAGGUGGGAGCCCCGGGGUGCGAGGGGGACGAGCCCCCGGGAGAGGAAGCCGCAGACCCCGAGAGGCAGGGAGCGGAGAGGGUGGGCACCGACGGGCCGGAGACCCUGGCGGGGCCCCGGGGAGAGGACGAUGGAGCCUGCAGGGUGGGGAGGCCCGGGGAGGAAGAGGAGCUGCUGCCGGCUGAGAAGGUGGCAGCCAAACCAAGGCUGCUGCCAGCCCAGAAGGCACCUUCCCCGGGGCCAGAGCCGGCUGGGGACGACCCUAGGCCUCUGAGCAGGGCCAGCAGAGCGAGCAGAGCCAGCAGCCGCGCCCGGUCCGAUGACCUAACCAUAUGA